AUUCUUGAAAUGUCAAAUUGGAAUGUCAAAAUCAAAAUCCGUUUCGGGAGGAUGUGAAUUGCUCUCGGAAAGAAACUGUUUAAUUUACUCAAAAUGUUUGAUAAAGUUUUCCAACGCGCGUUAAAGUUUCGCCUGAAGAAGACAUAUCCAACGAAUAUAUAUGAUCUAACGCGCGGGGCGGCCAUCGCUGUCCGGCGUCCGUAUAGUGAUGAAGUUCGACGCGCUCAAGCUCAAAGUGUAGCGGCGCCGGGUCCAACGAUAUUCGACAAAAUAAUUUCAAAAGAAAUCAAAGCUGAUAUAAUUUAUGAGGAUGAUCUCUGCCUCGCAUUCAACGACAUCAGCCCCCAAGCUCCGGUUCAUUUCUUAGUCAUCCCGAAGCGGCGAAUUGCGCGACUCCAAGAUGCUGUUGAUAAUGAUAAAGAGAUCCUGGGACACUUGAUGUUAGUUGCGCGAUCUUUGGGUGCAGCGAGGGCGCCGGCUGGCUGGCGUCUUGUGGUGAACAACGGACGCCACGGCGCCCAGUCAGUCUACCAUCUCCAUCUGCAUGUCCUGGGUGGACGCCAGAUGGGAUGGCCACCGGGCUAACUGACCGUAACAGGUGAUAGAAGAAAUGAGAGGGCGAUAUUUGUUUUAAAAAUGUCUCAACAGUGCCUUAGUCCUUUUUCUAAUAUUAAAGGGAAUGAUCGAAAUUUUUUAGAUAGAAACAUAGCUUUGUUAAAUGUAGCUAGGUGUCUGAAAGCACAAAUGUGUUUUUAAUAUUUAUCGUUAACAAUAAAUCUAGUGGCUUAAAGAUAGAAAUCCAAAAUGAAGGUAAAUUUGGCUCAGGAUUAAAAAAAUUAAUGCCUUCUCGUUUCUUUUUCUAUCAUUUUUUUUUGUUUAUUUAUAUUAAGUUCAUUUAUU